CCCCGCCUCCCCGCUGCCCGCAAGAUGGCGGCGAGCGCGGCGCGGGCUGGGGGUGGUUGAGGGCGGCAGAUGAGUUCUUUUGGAGAUUAAACAGUUGGAGAGGAAAAUGACAUCGAUUAUCAAGUUGACUACCCUCUCGGGGGUGCAGGAGGAAUCUGCCCUCUGCUAUCUUUUGCAAGUAGAUGAGUUUCGUUUUCUUUUGGACUGUGGCUGGGAUGAAAACUUUUCUAUGGAUAUAAUUGACUCUCUGAGGAAGCAUGUACACCAGGUUGAUGCUGUUCUCCUUUCCCACCCUGACCCUCUACACCUUGGUGCACUUCCAUAUGCAGUUGGAAAAAUGGGAUUGAAUUGUGCCAUUUAUGCAACUAUUCCUGUAUAUAAAAUGGGACAGAUGUUUAUGUAUGAUCUCUACCAGUCCCGCCACAACACUGAAGAUUUCACACUCUUUACAUUGGAUGAUGUAGAUGCAGCCUUUGAUAAGAUACAACAGCUGAAGUUUUCUCAGAUUGUGAACUUAAAAGGUAAAGGACAUGGUUUGUCAAUCACACCAUUGCCCGCUGGUCACAUGAUAGGAGGCACAAUUUGGAAGAUUGUCAAGGAUGGGGAGGAAGAAAUUGUUUAUGCCGUUGAUUUCAACCACAAGAGGGAGAUCCAUCUGAAUGGAUGUUCCUUGGAAAUGUUGAGCAGGCCUUCAUUGCUUAUUACAGAUUCAUUUAAUGCUACUUAUGUACAACCCAGGAGGAAGCAAAGGGAUGAACAGCUGCUGACUAAUGUUUUGGAGACAUUACGAGGUGAUGGAAAUGUGUUAAUAGCUGUGGAUACAGCAGGCAGAGUUCUGGAACUUGCUCAGCUUCUUGAUCAGAUCUGGAGAACAAAAGAUGCAGGAUUGGGAGUCUACUCUCUUGCACUUUUGAAUAAUGUCAGCUACAAUGUAGUGGAGUUCUCUAAAUCACAGGUGGAAUGGAUGAGUGACAAGUUGAUGAGGUGCUUUGAAGACAAGAGAAACAACCCUUUCCAGUUCCGCCAUCUCUCCUUAUGUCACAGUCUGUCUGAUCUGGCUCGAGUGCCUAGCCCUAAAGUUGUUCUUGCCAGUCAGCCUGACUUGGAGUGUGGGUUUUCUAGAGAUCUUUUCAUUCAGUGGUGCCAGGAUUCCAAAAACUCUAUCAUUUUAACUUAUCGCACUACACCUGGAACAUUGGCACGAUUCCUGAUUGAUAACCCUUCUGAAAAAGUUAUAGAUAUUGAGUUGAGAAAACGUGUCAAGUUGGAAGGAAAAGAACUAGAGGAAUACCUGGAAAAGGAAAAACUAAAGAAAGAGGCAGCUAAGAAGUUAGAGCAGUCUAAAGAGGCAGAUAUUGAUUCCAGUGAUGAGAGUGAUGCUGAAGAGGAUAUUGACCAGCCAACUUUACAUAAGACCAAACAUGAUUUGAUGAUGAAAGGUGAAGGUAGCCGGAAAGGAAGCUUCUUCAAACAGGCAAAAAAAUCUUACCCAAUGUUUCCAGCUCCUGAAGAAAGAAUUAAAUGGGAUGAAUAUGGUGAAAUUAUCAAACCUGAGGAUUUUCUAGUUCCAGAGCUUCAAGCAACAGAAGAAGAAAAAAGCAAAUUAGAGUCUGGCUUGACAAAUGGAGAGGAGCCUAUGGACCAGGAUUUAUCAGAUGUUCCUACCAAGUGUAUUUCUGCAACAGAAUCCAUGGAAAUUAAAGCCAGAGUUACAUACAUUGACUAUGAAGGGCGUUCAGAUGGGGACUCAAUUAAAAAAAUUAUUAACCAGAUGAAACCAAGACAACUGGUGAUUGUCCAUGGCCCACCUGAGGCCAGUCAGGACCUUGCAGAAUGUUGCAGAGCAUUUGGUGGAAAAGAUAUUAAAGUUUACAUGCCCAAACUUCAUGAAACUGUAGAUGCUACAAGUGAAACACACAUUUACCAGGUCAGGUUGAAAGAUUCUCUUGUCAGCUCUCUUCAGUUCUGUAAAGCCAAGGAUGCUGAGCUGGCUUGGAUAGAUGGUGUUCUGGACAUGAGGGUUUCAAAGGUGGAUACUGGAGUUAUUUUGGAAGAGGGAGAGUUGAGGGAAGAUGAAGACUUAGAGAUGCAAGUGGAUGUGCCUUCUUCAGACUCAAGUGUGAUUGCGCAACAGAAGGCCAUGAAAAGCCUCUUUGGUGACGAUGACAAGGAGAUGUGCGAGGAGAGUGAGAUCAUUCCUACUUUGGAACCUCUGCCACCUCAUGAGGUUCUUGGGCAUCAGUCUGUGUUUAUGAAUGAGCCAAGACUGUCUGACUUCAAGCAGGUUCUCUUGAGGGAAGGUAUACAAGCUGAGUUUGUUGGAGGAGUGCUUGUGUGCAACAACCUGGUGGCUGUCCGCAGGACUGAAACAGGGCGUAUUGGAUUGGAAGGCUGCCUCUGCCAGGACUUCUAUAGGAUAAGAGACCUUUUAUAUGAGCAAUAUGCUAUUGUCUAAGAAAAGUGCUGCAAAGGUGUUUUCACUUGAACUUCUACAGACAAAGGAGGUUUCUCCCAGUUCUGACUUUUUGUAGUUUUCUAAUUUAUACAGGGAAACCUAAUUCACAAAGAUCAGUUAGCUGCCAUGAACAUGUGAGUAACUGCUACUGUUGUUCAUAAAUCUGUUGGUACAUUCCAUGUAGUUGACUCUUAAACUGUUACAACUUGGCAUCUCCCACAUAACACAUUAUAAAUGAGUUUAUGACUAUGAACGCUUCUCAGGAGAGGUUCAAUUUGUCAGGGCAUGUUUUGGUUUCACAGAUUUCCUGUCAAAGAGUAUGAAACAUGUGAAAGUUAUUCUUUUGUUCUAAAAUAAGAUUGGAUAAAGAGCUUUGGUUUCUUUGGUUUUGUUCAGUUUCUGUGAGGUUGUUUUUUGGUUUUGGUUUCGGUUGCUUGGGGUUUUUUUUAGUAAGUUUGAUUUAGGGAACAGUCUCAAGUAUCUCCCUCUUUGGUUUUUAAAUUGGGUUUAGUUGAAGUACAUUAUUAACGGCCCACUUAAAGCUAGACUACUUAAAGUUACCCCAGUGUUAAUCUGGCUGCAUCUUAAUGCUGUAUCUCUUCCAUCUUACUGAUUUGUUCUGAAACAGCAUUUCAUAUUGUAAUCUGCAGGAUAAAAAAAUUACUUGGGCAAUUACUCUAAGAAGUUUGGAUUAUAUUUUCAGGUAGUUUAAAAUGCCAUAAUUAUGCUUCAGAGUAACUUCUGUGCAAAAUUACAGAAUUCGUAACUCCUAGCUCUUGCAAAAUUAUGCCAAUUAUAAAAACUUUUCUAAGUUCUGAUUUUAAUACUUUUCAAAGUCUAAAGCCUUUAUCCAUGCACUGCUGUUUGUUCAGAGUGCCAUGAGCCGCGUUCAGGAAGAUCUUUUCUCUUCAAAUCUGUUCAUGUAAUGUAUUUAAUGAUUUUGUACCAUGUUCUGUUCUAGAUGACAGUAAGACUUAUUGUAGCUGCUGAUGCUAGGGAUUUACCUUACCUUUUAGGUAAGGAUAAACACAUCAUUGAGUUCAUUAAUUUCUCAAAAAUUAAGUUAUGAAAACAAAUGGCCUCUCAAGUUUAUUUAAUCCUUUUUUCCCCUAUCCGUGUGUGAAACACCAGCUUUGGCAGUGGAGGGUUGUUUGCUUUUUACAUAAAACAAUGUAAUAUAUGCUCUUUGUGUGUGUGCUUAAAUAAAACCUUCUGAAAAAGUGGCAAAAAAUAGCCCUGUGGGCUGUCAAUGGAAAGAUAAUUUGCUUUGCAGUUCAUUCUCAACAAAAAAUUUCUGUCUGAUCUACAGACUAUUCUGUUUAAAAUAGUAGAUUAAAAGUGAAGACUGUAUUAAACAGUUAAUGGAACUGUAUACUAGAAAUGUAAAAAACUUGAAAAUACAAUACUGAGUGAGAAUGUAUUUUCUUACCCAAAAUCUGGGGUUUUUUUCUUAACAAUCUAGAAAAAUGUGUAUUUCCUUAUAUUGACAUCCAGAACUUCAUAGAAAUGCUCUGGUUUUGUAGCAAUGCUAUGUAAAUCUAUAUGAUGCUGCAUACUUGUUGCUGAAUACUAUUGUAUUACUACUGUUGUUUAUACUAGUGAACUUUUAUAAAGUGAGUUACUUUGUACAUAAUCAUAUUGGCUGUAGGACUUUAACCUUGAGGGCUUAGGAUGGGAAGGGAUCACAUACCCCUGCAUGGAAUAUGCUAAUAAAGAAAAAAAACCCUUAGGAAGUCAAAAUAGUGCUGCUUUUGAAAAAAGGAUAAAGACAGCACAGUGUGAUCAUAAACCUUUCUAUCAGUUUUGUUUGUUUUUCUGACCUACUGAUACAAAUUCAGCUAAGAUCACAAAAUUUUAGUGUUAUCAGUCGUGUUAUCGGUCUGUAAAUUCUAGUGUGUGCUGACAUCCCAAAUUAGUGCUAUCACUGAGAAAAAGGCUCAAGUAUAAGCAAAACAGCUUCUUAUUUUAGUCUGUUCAGCAUGAGUGUGGCUGAAGUGUGAAAACAGACCUAGAAAGCUGACAUGCAAGGUGCAGGUGGUCAGCUGAGAGCUGGGACUGCAGUUCUGGAGGUCUCUAGAGAAUGCAUCGCAGGCUGCACUGGUGCUGUGGGGCAGGUGUGCUCCUCAGCUGGGCGUUUAGGGCUUGUAAAGCAGUGUGCACCUGAAGCCAGUGCUCAUUCAUUUGGCCUAUUCUGCUGUCAGUUCCCUGAUAUGUUCUUAACUAUGAUUUGCUUUAGACAGUAAUUGAACUUCUGUGUGUGAUUUUCAGAGUUACUAGUCUGGUUCUAGUUUUUAUCUGCACUAAAAGAUUGCUUUCCCCUUACCUCCACACAAUGUCAGUACUGCUGUGAUCCCUAAGUUGUGUUUUUGGGCUUCUGCAUUUUUCAUUAGCAGUAAAAAUGUGACAAAGAGUGCCAUUUCUUAUUCUGCCCUCUGUUGUUCCUGAGGGUAAGAACAUUAACUUCAAACCUAGUUUUGGUGUUCACCAAUUAAAAAUAUUUCCUUCCUGUGCUCGUGGAUAGUUCAGAUUCCUCACAUAAGAAGAGCCAAGGUUAUGUGGAGACAGAGGAAAGGUCUGUAAUGAUAAAAAUAUAAUUCUAGUAUUAGUUAUUUUGCUGUUCCUAUUAUCAAAACAUAGUCUUACCCUGAGUUAAAUAACAUUGUUUGUGACAGUUUCAUUUUUAAUCAUUUUACUUUGACAGUAUGGGCUGGAGGAGGAGGUGACAAUCUUCUCCAUUCUUCAACAAUAUUUAGAUGUAACCAGAUCCAAUUCUCAAAAUACCUUGUUAAUGGAAAGGUAGGAUGCCCAGCAUUCUGUCAGAGCAACAUUCUUGAGAGAGCAUUUGAGAUGUACUUGCUGCUACAACUUGCUUGGAAAUGUAGGGAUUUUCCCAUAUCUAGUAGUUUUUAAUUGGAGUCAAAUGCUAGUCAUUAGGAAUUAAUAAGCAGAGACAUGCUUCUUCCCCAAUCUGAAUAAUUGUUAUAGAUGGUUGUAUCCUAAAACACUUGUUUUGUACAGAAUCAAGAUUUCUUUGCUAAGGCAUGACAUGUAUUACUACUUCAGGUAGUAAAGGAGAGUUUGUUGCCUGGGGAAAAACACUUAAACUUGGUUCUGGCCAGGACAGGGUUGAUUUUUGCAGCAGCCAGGAAUAACCCAGAGGUUAUUCCAUGGGUUAUUCCAUGCCACCUCAGGUCAUUUUCCAAGAAUGGGUAAGGGGUCCCUUCCUGGCAGUGGUAUUGUUGGGCUCCCUUUGGAGCAGAGGUGAGUAUUCAUAUGGGAAUUGCUCACUUCCCUUGUACACUUCUGUUUUUAAUGUUGCUGCUGUCACUGUUCAUUUUCUUACUUCAUUGCUGUUUCUGGUAAAUUGUUCUUAUCUCAACCCACAGUCUUCACUUUUUGUGACUCCAAUUCUCUUCAGCCCCAAGAGGGGAAGGAGAGGGGAAGGGAGAAGUGAACAAGUGGCAGCCACAUGGUUUGGAGUGUUUUGGAAGGAGCACUAACCAUUCCUAAACCAUGAAAACUACUAAAAUUUUUUGAGUCUUUGCCAAAAGUAGUCUUACUUUAAGGAUUUGAAUGUUGCAUGAUAUUCUGUUUCAUGACUUUUAGAGAUGUUUUCGUAGUUUUGAAAAGGAAGUGCUGGGGAAGAUGAUCUCACGUCAAAUCUGAUAAAGAAAUGUAUCUAGUAACCAGAAUUGUAGUUCUUGGUCUGAAAACUGUGUAAGUCAUCAAUGGUAGUUCAAAAUGGGAUAAUGAAACUAGAUCAAAAGAGUCUAUAAAAUUGCCUGUUGGCAUUUAUUUUUAAAAAUACUUGAAACAGUAUUAAACAGUAUCUUACCUUCUCUUGAGACUCAUUUUGAUUGGGUAAGAGAUCUAAUACAAAGAUCAAAAUCGCAUAGAAUCAUAGAAUGGUUUGAUUUGGAAGGGGCCUUAAAGAUCAUCUGGUUUCAGUGCUCUGCCGUGGGCAGGGACACCUUUCACUAGACCAGGUUGCUCAAAGCCCUCUCCAACCUGGUCUUGAACACUUAGAGAGCUGAGCCAUCCACAGCUUCUCUGGGCAACUGGUGCCAGUAUGUCACCCCCACUCACAGAGAAGAAUUUCUUCCUAGUCCUAAUCUAAACCUGCUCUUGUUCAAUUUAAAGCCAUUUCCCCUUGUCCUGUCACUACAUGCCCUUAUAAAAAGUCUCUCUCCAGCUCUCCUGUAGGACCCCUUUAAGUACUGGAAGGUGCUCUAAGGUUUCCCCAGAGCUUUCGCUUUUCCAGGCUAGACCACCCCAACUCUCUCAGCCUGCCUUCAUGAGAGAGGUGCUCCAGCCCUCUGAUCAUCUUUGUGGCCAUCCUCUGCAGUUGCUCCAACAGGUCCAGGUCCUUCCUGUGCUGGGACCCCAGAGCUGGAUGCAGCACUGCAGGUGGGGUCUCACCAGACUGGAGUUGAGAGCAGAUCCUCUCCUUUCCUCUGCUGCUCAUGCUGCUUUGAUGCAGUCCAGGAUACAAUUGGCUUUCUGAGCUGCAAGAGCACAUUGCCAGAUCAUGUCCAUCCUGCACCACCUGCAUUUAUUUUAGGAAUCUUGUUGCAUGGUUUGUUUCCUGCAAGUACAGAACAGUUGCAGUUCAGUGGUAAGUGAUUCUUCCUUUCAGGUUCUUCCUUUCAGCUCUAACUUCCUCACAGUGGUAGAAGAGGAAUAUAGUUACGAGUAUUUGGGAGAACAAGGUUGUUUCAUACAGUGAACUUCAAGUUUUACUGUCUUUGAUAGGUUAUGUAUUACUACUGUGAUAAGAAGUGAAAAAUCAAAAAGACAACCACACUCCUGCAUUUUUUAGUAGAACUUCCAGUAAGCCCUGUAACUGUUUUCCUGGGAGAGAAGGAUCCAUACAAACUCUUAAGGUCAGAAGAAACAAGUUUGCUCUAUGAGCUUUAAGCAGUAAAAACCUGCCUGUUGUUGUAUAAUCCUCUUAGGUGAUGCAAGCUGGAUCUGUGAUUCAACAGCUGAAUGAUAAUGAGCUAAGCAUCUGCCAAAAAGUAUAGUUUGUAACUGCAGUCUGGCAGUCACUGAUGUUGAUAAUGAACAAAUACAUUACUUCAGUUCUGCAGGCUUUUCUUAAAUAUUUUUAAUUUUCCAUGCAGCUUUUUGGAAGUGAUCAAAACUUCUCUAAAAGCUAUUUUUGACAAAUGAUUCUGAAGAAAUUUGCAGUGGUGCUCAUUUCAAUUAAAAAAAUUAUACAACCCAAACCACAGGCUUUGUGUUGAACUUGGCCCAAGGUUGAUACCAGUUUUUGUAAAACUGACUGGAAAAUUACAUGGGAAGCCAGUGGAGAGUGUUCAUCAUGUUGUGUAGUAUUGGCUACCAAUGCCCUUGCUGAUAUUUGAGAUGUAGAAAAUAGAGCAUAACAUUUAAUGUCAAUAACAAUGUCAGAACUUUUGCAAGUAAAUAAAAAUUCCAUCUUCAAAAUGUCAAA